AUGGCAACUCCGUUCGAGUUAACCAAUGACGGUAGUAUUCGUAUCGUCAAGAUCACUUCGUCGGGCCACUUGGGGGCGCCCCAGGGCGGCAUUAACUUUGACGACCCGUCGCUCAAAGAAAGCGGCGGCCCAUGGUCUCGAUACGGGCAGAGCAAGUUGGCUAAUAUUCUACAUACCAUGGCGCUGCACCAAGAAUAUGGCCCCGACUCACAGCGCGCGCAUAAUGGGGGCGGCGAGAUAUGGGUGUCGUCCGUUCACCCCGGCGUGGUCGACACGAACCUUUCCGGAUCGGUGGGGUCGCCCGUGAUGAGCUUCCUUUCCGUUAUGCGCUGGUUCGGACUGAUUUUGCCUGCGGAUGAAGGAUCGUGGAAUACUUUGUUCUGUGCUGCGGUUUCGGAUAUGAAGGCAGAGUAG